UUUCCGAAGCUCUAUAAAUACGAACUCACACUGUCAUUUUAUUUCAACUUCAAAACUUCAAGGUGGCCUUUUUUGUGUGAACUUUGAGGGGGUGAUCUUUAUAAAAAUUUCAGAGAUGGGGAUAAACUCUAACAGAGUGGAAGACCUUCCUUACCAUGAAACCACAAUCAGAAUCCCAACAGAGGCAAUGCCACCCCUUGAAAUUCACAGUGUUUGCCUCCCUCCAAAACAGACCACCUUGCAAAAACUCAAGCACAGGCUUGGUGAGAUCUUUUUCCCAGAUAACCCACUUCACAGAUUCAAGAACCAGACUUGGUUCACAAAACUUCUUCUGGGUCUUCAGUUCUUCUUCCCCAUCUUCCAGUGGGGCCCUGAGUAUAAUGUCAAGCUUCUCAAGUCUGAUAUCAUCUCUGGCCUCACUAUUGCCAGCCUUGCAAUUCCUCAGGGCAUCAGUUAUGCAAAGCUUGCAAGUUUGCCUCCAAUUGUUGGGCUAUACUCGAGCUUUGUGCCUCCCCUGAUAUAUUCUGUGCUGGGGAGUUCUAGGCAUCUUGCUGUUGGCCCAGUUUCAAUAGCUUCUUUAGUUAUGGGAUCAAUGUUAAGUGAGGCUGUUUCUAGCACUGAGGAGCCAAUUCUUUAUCUCAAAUUGGCUUUCACAGCCACCUGUUUUGCUGGCCUUUUCCAGGCUUCUCUGGGUCUGCUAAGGUUAGGGUUUAUAAUCGAUUUUCUCUCAAAGGCAACUCUGAUUGGGUUCAUGGCGGGUGCUUCAGUCAUUGUGAUCUUGCAACAGCUGAAAGGGUUGCUUGGAAUUGUCCACUUCACCACCAAAAUGCAAUUCUUUUCUGUCAUGUCCUCCAUUUUCAACCACAGAGGAGAGUGGUCAUGGCAAACCAUUGUAAUGGGCUUCAUCUUCCUGGUGUUUCUAUUCACAACAAGACAUAUUAGCAAAACAAAACCAAAACUCUUUUGGGUUGCAGCGGCUGCUCCAUUAACAUCAGUUAUCAUUUCCACAGUUCUAGUCUUCUUCCUCAGUUCAAAAAAUCCUCACAUCUCAGUUAUUGGCCAUUUGCCGAAGGGUCUUAACCCACCUUCAUCAAACAUGCUAUAUUUCAACGGCCCUUUCCUUGCUCUUGCUAUCAAAACUGGCAUCAUAACUGGGAUCUUGUCUCUCACAGAAGGGGUUGCUGUAGGAAGAACAUUUGCAGCUCUUAAAAACUACCAAGUUGAUGGAAACAAAGAAAUGAUGGCUAUUGGGCUCAUGAACAUCUGUGGUUCUUGCUCUUCAUGCUAUGUUACCACAGGUUCAUUCUCUAGAUCUGCAGUAAACUACAAUGCUGGAGCAAAAACAGUAGUUUCAAACAUUAUCAUGGCAUCAGCUGUGCUUGUGACUCUGCUGUUUCUGAUGCCACUGUUCUACUACACCCCCAAUGUUAUCUUGGCAGCCAUCAUCAUCACCGCUGUGAGCGGACUGAUCGACUACCAAGCUGCAUACCGGUUGUGGAAAGUUGACAAACUCGACUUCUUGGCGUGCAUGUGCUCCUUCUUCGGCGUUCUCUUCAUUUCCGUCCCACUUGGUCUUGCAAUUGCGGUUGGGGUAUCAAUUUUCAAGAUAUUGCUUCAUGUCACCAGGCCAAACACUAUGGUUCUAGGAAAUAUUCCAAGAACACAAACAUUCCAUAGUCUCAAUAGAUACAGAGAAGCUUUAAGGAUCCCUUCUUUUCUCAUACUAGCGAUUGAGGCACCCAUCUACUUUGCAAAUACAACUUACCUACAAGAAAGGAUAUUAAGAUGGGUUCGGGAGGAAGAAGAGAGGAUCAAAGCAAGCAAUGAGAGCACUUUAAAAUGUAUAAUUUUGGACAUGACAGCUGUGACAGCCAUAGACACUAGUGGUACCGACAUGAUGUUUGAACUCAGAAAGAUGCUGGAUAAAAGAUCACUUCAGCUUGUGUUGGCAAAUCCUGUGGGAACUGUGAUGGAAAAGCUACAACAAUCAAAAACUUUGGAGUCGUUCGGAUUGAAUGGAGUCUAUCUUACAGUCGGUGAAGCUGUAGCUGACAUUUCAUCAGCUUGGAAGGCUCAACCAUGACUUCCUAAAGGGCUUCAGUUGGACAAUGGAAGGAGAAGUAUAUAGGGAUAUGACUAACUCUGCAUUGCCUCAGCAGUCUAGGAAGAGCUCUAGUGAGGCCAGCGGUUUUUCCUUUCUUUUUUUCCCUUUUUGUAGGGAAUCCAAGGCAAAGAAUCAUUUCGUUUUAAAUUAAGAAAUUUUGAAGUUUUUGGUCCAAGUUCUUCAAUCUUAACAAUAAGAUAUUAUGAGCGCUAA